GUAUUAGGGGGGUAUAAUGAGCGUUUCUAAAGAACAGAUAACCGAGCAAGAAUUCCACUGUAAGCAUUCAGUCCGCACCAGGACACAGACUGGCUCACCGGCCUCUCACUACCCGUAGCAGCCUCUGAGACUGCAAUAUCACCCCCCUUCCUAAGCGCGAGAUUGGUUUGUCCCAUGUCCCUGAGGCUGGACACUUGGCUUCCUGACUCACAGCGGAUCCGAGCGGACAUGUACCACUGAGCUGGCGCGGGGGGAGACAGGAUGGAGUGCUGCCUGAAGGACGAGCUGCUGUGCUCCAUCUGCCUCAGUCUGUACCAGGACCCCGUCAGUUUCGGCUGUGAGCAUUACUUCUGCCGCAAGUGCAUCACGGAACACUGGAACCGGCAGAAACACGGGGGGAGCCUGGACUGUCCGGAAUGCAGGAGAAGCUUCCUGGAACCCACCCUGUCCCCCAGCCUGAAGCUUUCCAACAUUGUGGAGCGCUACACGGCCUUCCCCCUGGAUGCCAUCCUCAGUGCCCAGCGCAGCUCGUUCCCCUGCAAGGACCACCACAAAGUCAAGCUCUUCUGCCUCACCGACCGGACCCUCGUCUGUUUCUUCUGUGAUCAGCCCUCCCUGCACGAGCAGCACCAGCUCACCAACGUGGACGAGGCCUUCGACGAGCUGCAGCGGGAGCUGAAGGAACAGUUGCAAGCUCUGCAGGAGAGUGAGAGAGGACACACAGAGGCACUUCAACUCCUGAAACGUCAAAUGGCAGAGACCAAGUCCUCUGCUAAAAGUCUGCGCUCGACCAUCAGCGAGGCCUUUGAGCAUCUCCAUCGGCUCCUGCGGGAACGUCAGAAAUCCAUGCUGGAGGAGCUGGAGUCGGACACAGCCAGGACACUGAGCGACAUUGAGCACAAGGUGCAGCAGUACAGUCAGCAGCUGCGCAAAGUACAAGAGGGGGUGCAGAUCAUGCAGGAACGUCUGACUGAGUGUGACAAACACACCUUCCUGGGGGGCAUCUCCUCACUAUCAGAGAGGUUAAAGGGGAAGGUGCACGAGACAAACCUGACGUAUGAAGACUUCCCCACCUCUAAGUACAUGGGGCCCCUGCAGUUCACCAUCUGGAAAUCUCUCUUCCAGGACAUCCAUCCAGUUCCGGCAGCUCUGACGUUGGAUCCGGUCACGGCCCAUCAGCGCCUCAUCCUCUCCGACGACUGCACCAUUGUGGCCUAUGGGAACCUGCACCCCCAGCCGCUCCAGGACUCCCCCAAACGCUUCGACGUGGAGGUGUCUGUGCUGGGCAAGCAGCUGUUUGACAGUGGGGUGCACUACUGGGAGGUGCUGGUGUCGGACAAGACUCAGUGGAUGAUUGGACUGGCCCAUGAGUUGGUCAGUAGGAAGGGGACUAUCCAGAUCCAGCCGGGCCGGGGCUUCUACUGCAUCGUCAUGCACGACGGCAAUCACUACAGCGCCUGCACCGAGCCCUGGACUCGACUAAACGUCCGGAGCAAACUGGACAAAGUGGGGGUGUAUCUGGACUACGACAAGGGGCUCAUUAUCUUCUAUAACGCAGAGGACAUGUCCUGGCUCUACACCUUCCGAGAGAAGUUCCCGGGGCGACUCUGCUCCUAUUUCAGCCCCGGCCAGAGUCACGCCAACGGCAAGAACGUGCAGCCCCUGCGCAUCAACACAGUGCGCAUCUGAUGGGGCGGGGCUCUGGCAAAUGGAGGCGGAGCCUGUGCAUGACGUAACUUGUAGACUUGCUGGGAGUUCAGAGACACGUCUCAUAUACAAGGGCUUCACUGCUAUAGGGGGAACCUCCAGUGCCUGUAACAAAUGGGGGAGGGGCAGUUGUGAGUAAACGAUUGUGUGUAACCGCA